AUGGCGCUCACCCACCCGCUGGAGCUGUUCCCCGGGCGCAGCGUCACCCUCCUCCUCUUCAACCACGUGAAAAACGCCGCCGCCCUGAGGAAAAAAGCCAUGGAAGGAUCCAUGGAAGGAGCAUUAAUAAACCCUGCGAUGAUUGUAGAUCCUUUUCAAAUUUUUGUGGCAGCCAACAAAGCACUUCAUCUACACAAGAUAGGUAAAAUGAAGACCAGAACACUCUAUGCAGAAAUUAUUUUCAGCCUCUCACCGAACAACAAUAUUUCAGAUGCAUUUAAAAAGUUCGGCAUUUCAGACAGUGACACAGCAGUGCUCAUUGUUCUGGUUGUGGACAAAGAGAAAACGGUAAAUCUGGAAGAUAUAGCAUCUCAGGUAGAAGGCCAGCAGGUGUCUCUGGAUGAACUCCCCCAACUAACAGACACCGCCAAAGUUAAAAAGAUGUACAAAGUUACUCCGCAGGAAGAAAAAAUUGGCACCUUAUUGGAUAGUAUUGUUUGCAGAAUGUCAACAAAAGAUGUUUUGUAAAUAUGUGGAAAUAAAUAUUUUUUAAAGGAAAAAGAGGGCUUUUUAAGAUGUAAAAACACUUCAUUGCAAUUUGUCCUGCAUUUUAGAGGAAGUGUUGUAGUACCGAGUAGUUUGAUGACAUCUAGGCUUUAACCAUAAAUGAGCAAGCUUGGAUAUGGGGGUAAUCUGAGCUGUAUGCUAAGCACAGGCAGCAAUCCUGCCAUGCAAAGGAGAAUUUGUCAUUGGUAUUUCUGUCCAUUUUCUUAACGAGGAAAAAAAAAUCACCAGUACUUUAAGUUGACCAUAAACAGAAGGCUUGGAAAUCUGUACUUAAUUCUCUUUUUCACCUAGUGUUUUUGCUAAUCCCAGAUAGGAUUCAAACAUUGUAAAUAAUUUUUAUUAACCCUACCCUGAUUUGGGUUUUUUUGGCACCCCUGACAUGAUAUCCUAAUGAUAGAACUGCCAGAAAAGGUGUCUCUGUGGCAUGAAGUAUUGCUCAUGGACUAGGAAAAGGAAAGUUUCCGUAAAUUAUCGGCAGCACCUCCCUCUUCCUGCGAAUGGGAUCGAAUCGCUGUCCCCCCUUUGGGAACAGGAGGGAGCAGGAGGUGCAGUGUGGAGCAGGGGCAUCAGAAAUUAAUAAGGUCAGUAUGGGUGAUGCUGUGAUGUUAGCAACUGGCAAUCUGAUGUCAUCGGAUGCAGUGACUGCUGAGGUGCUGGUGUGUUGCUGUGGUACUUCAGUGUUGGUGUUAAAGGAUAAUGAGAGGUGCUUUAGAAUACAUUAGGCUUGGUGAUGCUGACUUCCUAGGGCCUUGUUCCAGGUGCAGAAUUCACAGAGAAAUUUGCACCAUAGAUUUAUUCCCUUAAAUUGUCAGUAUAACUUGUGUAGCAUUCUGAGGGGAUCAUUGAACUUGUUUUGUUGGACCAGUGUUGGGAAAGGCCAUCAAAGGGAACUGAAAAGAAUAUUGAUUUCCUGUAGUCACCAGGUCCAUCAGCCCUGUGUAAGUAUCAUUUCAUCACAUGCAGGCAUCCUGUUUAAGAAAAAUUACUGUCCUAAUUAGGUAGAAAUCCGUACUGUUUGUUAUUGUUGCGCUGUAUUGUUUUUAUAGGACAUGUGUAAAACUGCAUAGCUUUCUGCAUUUUGGCGUUUUUUUCCUAAUGUUCUCUGAGGCAUUACAAUUUGUGUACUUACCAGAUAUUUGGAAGAGUAUGCCCCGGAUUCUUACACAUAGUGUUUGGGAAGACAAAAUAUAUCUGGGGGGAGAGGCAAGUCUGAGUCAGACUUGAAAUGUUAUCCAUUCCAGUAAACAUACCAGCAAAAUGACAUAUUACAGAGCUAGAAUUGUCUGUGUUUCUGUAUUUAGUAUGGAAAUCCCUAGCUUCUCUUUUGCAUUUUGAUUUUGGUUAAUUCUUCCCUCAAUUAAAACACAGUAAUACAAAUACCAUCCUUUUCUUACCAACCAAAUCAACGGCAAAAUACUUACCAAGUACCAAGGGAAUUACAAGGAUUAUCAAAAGGAAUUAUUCAGGAAAAUGGCUGUGCUGAUUUCUUGAUUUAAAGAUGAUUUUACAGAACGUAUCAUCCUCUCUACAGGGAAAUGUGAGGCAGUAGUAAAAAAUGGGGCUUGGAAGGGCUCGAGUUUUUUGAAAUAAAACGUGUGUAACGUCAGCAUGUGAGAAUGACCAUAGAAAAUAAAAAGACUUGUUUUGCUUUUCUGACAGUCCAAUUGGUACGUGGAAUAUAUAAUCAGAUUUGCUGGCUGAGCUGCUGACAUUGGGUUUGGUAGCUUAAAAUAACUGCAGACAGGCAUGCUUGGACCACAGCCUUUUUCGAACUUGUGUAAAACAUCAGUCCCAUCUGUUUAAUUUAAGAUAAAUAUUAAUAAAAAGAUCGCUGCAUAACAAUUGACACACAAGUUCCAAACUUGGGUUCCCAGUUUCUAGUUCUCAUCAGUGUAUUUCACUGGUGUAGAAACAGUAAAUAGUUUGUUACUGUUGACGUGAGUUAAAUUACAAAAUUGUGAUUUACUGUGAGACCCGAAUGAUAUAUUUUCACAUGUGGAUUUACUGGAAAUGGUUUUGGGAGCUGAAGCCUCCAUAGUGUCACUGAGUCAGGCAGAUGAUUUGGGUCUGAUGGCAGUGAAGACUGCCACUGCCCUGCAAGACCACAGUUUUCCCCUAGUCCUAGUUUUAUUAUCGAAGUUAAACAAAUUAUUUACAAAAACUGGUAAUAAAUGUAGACCGUUGACCCUGCAAAGUUACGCUUGUCUUUCUGAACACAUUAAAAAUUGGUAAAUUUGGAUCUACAAUGUUACUGUUAAAUCAACCACUGCUGUUUUCCAGCAAAGCAAAAGUUUAAGUUAAAAAAGACAGGUUUUUCAAAACAUGUAAUGUUCUGCUGUCUCCUCUGAAC